AUGCUGCAAAUUUUCUCUAGUUACAUCGGAAAACUGAGAGCGUGCCACCGUGGCACCGGUUGUAAAGAUGCUGUUUCUCAGUCCCUCUGGCCGCCUCGGUCCACUCAGUCCCUCCGGCCGGCUCGGUCCACUCAGUCCCACCAGCUGCCUCAGUCCCUCCGGCCCAGCUCAGUCCACUCAGUCCCUCUGGCCGCCUCGGUCCACUCAGUCCCUCUGGCCGCCUCGGUCCACUCAGUCCCUCCGGCAGCCUCGGUCUACUCAGUACCUCUGGCCGCCUCGGUCUACUCAGUCCCUCUGGCCGCCUCGAUCCACUCAGUCCCUCUGGCCGCCUCGGUCUACUCAGUCCCUCUGGCCGCCUCGGUCCACUCAGCCCCUCCGGCAGCCUCGGUCUACUCAGUACCUCUGGCUGCCUUGGUCCACUCAGUCCCUCCGGCUGCCUCGGUCCACAGUCCCUCCGGCCCAGCUCAGUCCACUCAGUCCCUCCGCCCGCCUCGGUCCACUCAGUCCCUCCGGCUGCCUCGGUCCACAGUCCCUCCGGCCCAGCUCAGUCCACUCAGUCCCUCUGGCCGCCUCGGUCCACUCAGUCCCUCCGGCCGCCUCGGUCCACUCAGUCCCUCUGGCCACCUCGGUCCACUCAGUCCCACCGGCUGCCUCAGUCCACAGUCCCUCCGGCCCAGCUCAGUCCACUCAGUCCCUCCGGCCACCUCGGUCCACUCAGUCCCACCGGCUGCCUCAGUCCACAGUCCCUCCAGCCCAGCUCAGUCCACUCAGUCCCUCUGGCUGCCUCAGUCCACUCAGUCCCUCCGGCAGCCUCGGUCUACUCAGUACCUCCGCCCGCCUCGGUCCACUCAGUCCCACCGGCAGCCUCGGUCCACUCAGUCCCACUGGCCGCCUCAGUCCACUCAGUCCCUCCGGCCGCCUCGGUCCACUCAGUCCCUCCGGCCCAGCUCGGUCCACUCAGUCCCUCUGGCCGCCUCAGUCCACUCAGUCCCUCUGGCCGCCUCAGUCCAUUCAGUCCCUCUGGCUGCCUCGGUCCACUCAGUCCCACCGGCUGCCUCAGUCCACAGUCCCUCCGGCCCAGCUCAGUCCACUCAGUCCCUCCGGCCACCUCGGUCCACUCAGUCCCACCGGCUGCCUCAGUCCACAGUCCCUCCAGCCCAGCUCAGUCCACUCAGUCCCUCUGGCCGCCUCAGUCCACUCAGUCCCUCCGGCAGCCUCGGUCUACUCAGUACCUCCGCCCGCCUCGGUCCACUCAGUCCCACCGGGAGCCUCGGUCCACUCAGUCCCACUGGCCGCCUCAGUCCACUCAGUCCCUCCGGCCGCCUCGGUCCACUCAGUCCCUCCGGCCCAGCUCGGUCCACUCAGUCCCUCUGGCCGCCUCAGUCCACUCAGUCCCUCUGGCCGCCUCAGUCCAUUCAGUCCCUCUGGCCGCCUCAGUCCACUCAGUCCCUCCGGCCGCCUCAGUCCACUCAGUCCCUCCAGCCGCCUCGGUCCACUCAGUCCCUCUGGCUGCCUCGGUCCACUCAGCCCCUCCGGCCGCCUCAGUCCAGCUCAGUCCACUCAGUCCCUCCGGCCCAGCUCAGUCUACUCAGUCCCUCCGGCCACCUCGGUCCACUCAGUCCCUCCGGCCGCCUCGGUCCACUCAGCCCCUCCGGCCGCCUCGGUCCACUCAGCCCCUCCGGCCCAGCUCAGUCUACUCAAACCCUCCGGCCACCUCGGUCCACUCAGUCCCUCCGGCUGCCUUGGUCCACUCAGUCCCUCCGGCCGCCUCAGUCCACUCAGCCCCUCCGGCCACCUUGGUCCACUCAGUCCCUCCGGCCGCCUCGGUCUACUCAGUCCCUCCGGCCGCCUCAGUCCACUCAGUCCCUCCGGCCGCCUCGGUCUACUCAGUCCCUCCGGCCGCCUCAGUCCACUCAGUCCCUCCGGCCGCCUCGGUCCACUCAGUCACGCUGUAAUGAUCAAUAA